GGAAAAUGGCCGCAGCCGUUCAGGACUCACGUGUGAGUGCGGGGAAAAAGCUGAAAAAUUCCCUAAAGAAGAAGAAGAAGAUGAAAAUUGUUGCCAGGGCUGUAGCACCGGAGAUGGAAGAUAAGAUUAAAGACGCUUCCAACAGCAGAGGUUGUGUAGGAGGCAGUGGAUCAGAAAAGACUCACUUUUCUUCUGGUGAUGAAGCAAUAGAAGCUGACAAUGAGGAUGAUAUUGAACCCUGCGACCAAGAAAAUGAAGACACGGCAGAAUCAAGUGUUGGGACUAAUACAGGCUGGGCAGAUGCCAUGGCUAAGAUCCUUAACAAAAAAACUCCUAAAAGUACACCCACCAUUCUGGUCAAAAACAAAGAGCUGGAAAAGGAAAAAGAAAAGUUAAAGCAAGAAAGACUACAGAAAAGAAAACAGCUUGAUAAGAAUCGGGAGUGGGAAAUGAUGUGCAGAGUAAAGCCAGAUGUUGUCAAAGACAAAGAAACAGAGAGAAAUCUUCAGAGAAUUGCAACGAGGGGUGUGGUGCAAUUAUUUAACGCUGUUCAGAAACAUCAAAAGAACGUUGAUGACAAGGUUAAAGAAGCUGGGGGUUCUAUCAGAAAGCAUGCUAAGUUGAUGUCAACUGUUUCCAAGAAAGAUUUUAUCAGUGUGCUUAGAGGAAUGGAUAGAAGUACAAAUGAGAAAAGUUCAACUGGGAAGAACCCAAAAGCCAAACAGACUGAAGUGAAAUCAGAAGAAGGCCCAGGUUGGACAAUCCUACGUGAAGAUUUCAUGAUGGGGGCAUCUAUGAAAGACUGGGACAAGGAAAGCGAUGGGCCAGAUGACAGCAGACCAGGAUCUACAAGUGACUGUGACACAUAGUGCAAUAGAGAAAACACAAGAUGCAAUGAUUUUAUUUUUCCUAGAUAAAUACUUCAUCCUCUGACAGUUGGGGAAUUAUAAGGGCACCAUUUGUAAGAAAGCCAAAAGACAUUUACUGUUACCGGUUUUGGUAUUCCCCCUUUUUAUGUAAACUUUGUUAAAAUUAUAUUUUCAACACUUGUGUAAUUUAAAACAUUGUUCUUUAAAACAUUUGUAAAAGGAAUAUUUCUGCUUGACCAGUGAGAUUUGUAUUUUGCCAGCAUCAUUAUGUUUACAUACUGGUCACGUCUGUUGGUGUGUUGUUUUAGUAUCACCAAUUUUUCUAGAAAUGCAUUACUAAUUAAUUGAUAAUUAAAGUGAACUCUUUGGAGUUAAUGUUUCUCUGCUUUCCAACUUAUAGACCUAUGUAUAUGUAGUUUUAGAGAACAGUUGGUGUGUUUUUUGCUUGUUUAUUUUGGUAAGCUAUUGAGAUAACCUAUCUAGUAAAGAUAUUAAAAACUAUAGUAUUUCUGAUUUGGGGUGGUGAUUUUAAUUUUAGAUAAUCUGUCAAAUAUGAUUUAAGAAGCACACCAGAUCUCUACUUCUAUAUUAUUUCUUUUUAUAUAGUAAGUAAUAUAAAUAAUGACUUAGAUUUUUUUUUAAGUGUCAGAUUUUUGCGUGAGAGAUUUACUGAGGUGGAAAUUCUCAUGUUUAACUUAUACAGUGAGACAUAAUUUCUUAGGAAGCAUAUUUGACAUGCUUUAGUCUCUCUCUUUUCCCCCAGUCCCCAAAUAUUUGAAUUAGUUUAAAUUCUUUUUUCUGGACUGCCCAACCACUGAAAUGAUGGAGUUAGACAACAAGGAAUCUGCAUCAGAGUAUUGUAUCUGAUUUGAGACUUGAUUCCGUAUUGUUGCUUUGUAUGUUAUGAAAUUGGGUGACUUUUCAUAUCUAGCUGUUUAACAAAAAGAGACGAGAAAGUAAGACUGUUUAAUAUCAUUUCAAAAUUCCUGUGAAACAGCCUAAUAUCUGAUGUUUAUAAGGGAAUUAUUUAAUGAAUGUGAUCUCUUUCUUUUUGAAAGAGAUGCAUUCCUUUCUCCAUCUUUCCAUAAUAAAAACAAUUCCCUCCUAUCACUUAAUUACACAUAUUUUCUGUGUGCCAGAGCAAAGAUGUUUAUAUUUUCAAACCCAUUGAGUGUUACAAGUAUUAAAUGGCUAAAGUUAAAUUAGGCCAUGGCCUUGUAUUUGUUAUCAUAAAGGAAGGUGUAUACCCAAGAUAUCAAGUGGCUAAAACAGCAAAGCUCAAAAUGUAUUUUUGUAUUCUCUCAACUUUUGAAUUUUAGUGUCUUACUAAAUUAUAGAACUGCCAUUUUGUCAUUUUAAUAUAAGUAAAUGUGGACAACUGUUCCUCAGUAAUACACGAGUGCUAAAUAUCCCCACAUAAUUUGAUACUGAUAAAUAUUCCCAUAUAACCUAAGACAUAGAUAAUUAUGGGGAAAAAUGUACAACACCUAAAAACUUUUUGCUCCUAGAACUAAAGAUUAUACUUUAUUUUUUGCUACUAA